UUUCCAUAUCAACCGGUGCUGUUUGAGUGUGGGGGUGAAGAAGUGCGUCUUUCAAUUUCUACAAUUUAGUUUCGUUACAACCAAGCAGUAAGCUAUAUAAAAUGAAGGUGGAAGAAGUUAAGAGUACGGUAAAGACGCAGAGGAUCAGCGCCCACAGCCACAUCAAAGGGCUCGGUCUGGACGAGAGGGGCUAUGCCAUCCAAAUGGCAGCGGGUCUCGUGGGCCAGGAGCAGGCGAGAGAGGCCGCCGGCGUCGUAGUCGACAUGAUCAGAAGCAAGAAGAUGGCUGGAAGGGCUAUCCUUUUGGCCGGACCACCAGGCACAGGUAAAACAGCUAUCGCUUUGGCCAUUGCUCAGGAAUUGGGUAAUAAAGUACCAUUCUGUCCGAUGGUGGGAUCCGAGGUGUACAGCUCAGAGAUCAAGAAGACUGAGGUGCUGAUGGAGAACUUCAGGAGGGCCAUCGGGUUGAGGAUCAGGGAAAACAAGGAGGUGUACGAAGGAGAGGUUGUCGAACUGUCCCCAGUUGAAACUGAUAAUCCAUCAGGAGGAUAUGGAAAGACUAUUAGCCAUGUGGUGAUUGGGUUGCGGACUGCCAAAGGAAGUAAACAGUUGAAGCUGGAUCCGAGUAUAUACGAGGCGUUGCAGAAGGAAAAGGUGGAGGUCGGCGAUGUAAUCUACAUCGAAGCAAACAGUGGAGCUGUGAAGAGGCAGGGCAGAUGCGAUACGUACGCCACAGAGUUCGAUCUGGAGGCGGAGGAAUACGUGCCGAUUCCUAAAGGGGACGUUCAUAAGAAGAAGGAGGUCGUUCAGGAUGUGACUCUGCACGAUUUGGAUGCGGCCAACUCGAAACCGCAGGGCGGACAGGACGUACUCUCGAUGAUGAGUCAACUGAUGAAGCCGAAGAAGACCGAGAUCACGGACAAACUGCGGAAGGAGAUCAAUAAAGUUGUUGACAAGUACAUCGAUCAGGGCAUUGCGGAACUGGUGCCGGGCGUCCUCUUCAUCGACGAAGUGCACAUGCUCGACAUCGAAACGUUCACGUAUCUGCACAGGGCGUUGGAGAGUGCGAUCGCACCGAUCGUCAUCUUCGCCACGAACAGAGGACGAUGCGUGAUCCGCGGAACGGACGACAUCAUCGCACCGCACGGCAUCCCCUUGGAUCUGCUCGACAGGCUGGUGAUAAUCAGGACGUUGCCGUACGAUAAACCCGAUCUGGAGCAGAUAUUGAAGUUGAGAGCGUUGACGGAAGGUCUGGAGAUGGAGGACGAUGCACUGGCAGCACUCAGCGAUGUGGGUGUGAGAUCGACGUUGAGGUACGCCGUGCAACUGAUGACGCCCGCAUCUCUAACGGCGAAGACCAAUGGGAGGAACGAGAUUAAGAGGGAGGACAUCGUCGAAGUCAGUUCGCUCUUCCUCGACGCCAAAUCUUCGGCAAAGAUCGUCUCGCAGAACAAAGAUAAAUUUAUGUUGUAGUAGCAAUUCCUUCUCAAUUAAUCAUCUUUUCUUUCUUUCUUUCCUUUUUUAUAUAUAUAUCAAAUAAAGUUAUUUUCCUUUUGUUAAUAAA